AUGAGAACUAUUUUUAACAUAAUACUUACUGAACCUAUGAAGUUUCCUAUUAAUUCUGGAAAUAGUUUAACCCUACAUGAUGCAUUAGCUCAAAGAUCACAAUUCAACGGAUACUUAGGAGCGCAAGAUUUAAAAUUUAUGUCAAUGACUGAGCCUGUCAGGAGGCAGGAAGUUUUUACACUUUCACAACCUGGUGGACAUCCAAGAAACUGGAACAAUUUAUUGGAAAAGUGCCUCAGUAUUAUUAAUGAUUAUAGUAAAGAAUUGGAUGCUGUAAAUGGAGAUGGUAAAGCAUCAGAGGCUGACAUUUCUACAAUUAGGAAUAAAAAUGUAAAAAACGUACCAAAUGGCAAUGGGUUUACAUAUUCUGGAAAUUUGAGGAACAUGGCUCAAUCUCCCCAAUUGCAAGAAUUGAAGGAACAUAAGAAUGAAAAUGAUACAUUAGUGAAUAUGUUGAAAGAAGAAUUUAAUGUAUUUGUUCAUAAAUUGUGUCAGAAACCUCCCUUAAGCUACUUAUUUGGGGAAUUAACUGACACAAAGUUAAAAUUUUUAUUAAUGCAAGCUCAACCUGUGAUGUGGACUUGUGAAGGUUUAGCAUGUAUUGCAGCCACUUCUUUGAAUGAAGAUAAGUAUGGAGUGGUGCAAAAUGACUUGCCAAUUAUUAUAUCAAGUUUGACCAAUCUCAAGCAGAAUUUAGAUAAAUUGACAAAACCUGGUCUGGUGCCAAGGAAGCAUAUACUCAAUGAUGCUUUUGCUAUUAAAAUGAAGAAUGCUUUAAUUUCAUCAGUUAAAAGAAGUAUUUAUAAAAUUGUGAUUACAUUCUCUAAAUAUAUUCAUGAAAUACCAUUGGAUCCUGAUGUUCAAGUAGCAUUACAGCCAUUUCUUUUAUGUAAAGAAGCAUAG